AUGAACGGCGACAAGCACUACCUGCCGUUCCCCACACAGGCCCAUCUGGAGGGCGUUGAGUACAAUGGCGCGGUCCUCUGCGCGGCUGGCCACGCCGACCACGGCGACUGUCAUUCGUGCCCGUUUCUCGUGGCGUUCGUGUUCAAUCAGCAGAGUGAUUUCAAUACCUCCGCGUGCGUCUACUCGUCCGAGACAAGCGUUUGGGGUGAGAUCCACUCGAUCGAAAUUCCAGAUGUAUCAGUUACAUGGGCUCCGACGCCACUGAUUGGAAAUACACUCUACUGGAUUUUGGAUACCUCUGGCGGCACUAUCGAAAAUGAGUGUUGGAUCGUUGAGUUUGAUUUGGAUGCACACAAUUUGGAUUUAACUGGGGAGAUUCCAUACUACGUGCUCGAUAAGUACAAUAGGCAAAUUGUUCUCAUGCCAGCAGAUGAUGGACGGCUUGGUUUCGCCGGAGUUGACACAUUCAGUCUCCAUUUGUGGUCAAGUAUAGCUUGCGUUGACGGGAUGGUAACAUGGGCACAUUGCAGAGUCAUUGAUCUGGAGAAUUUUCUUGCACCGGAAGCAGUGGCGGCGUGUCGGUAUGUACCAGAUGCAGUUGGCUAUGCUGAAGAUGCCAAUGUGAUCUUCAUUCGUGUGGAUCCAAACAUCUAUAUGAUCCAUCUCAACACCAUGCAGAUUGAGGAGGUCUCAGAGAAAGGGGCCUAUUGGUUUGUUUUUCCUUGCACAAGUUUCUACACUCCAGGAAUCACCACUGGUGGUGGAGAUGAUCAAGCUGAGCCAUUAAACGACUGUUGA